CGCAACAUUACUGUGUGGAGUAUAGUGUGGCGUGUUGACAGGUGGCGUAAAGUCGUAUCAUCAUGUGUAUCAUGUUUAUAUACCGAAAUGCCGAAGCGGAGGUGGAUACCUAUCGAAUAAUAUUGGCAUCGAAUCGAGAUGAAUUGUUGAAUCGACCAACUGCAACGGCUCAUUGGUGGAAAAAUUAUCCUAGGUGCCUAGGAGGUGUGGAUAUGGAACCAGGCAAGGAGGGCGGCACCUGGUUAGCGUUAUCAACGGAAGGACGAUUGGGCGCCCUUCUAAAUUUAACCGGAGAAAAGAGAUCGACCACAUCUCCAGGAGAGGGUCGCGGCCAUCUCGUCACAGACUUUAUCAUUUCAGAUGUCUCCGCAGAUAAAUACUUGGAAAAUCUUCAUGAGAAAAACCUUUAUGAACAAAUCUAUAACUCCUUCAAUUUGAUAUUAGUCAAUCUAUGGAAUACUGAUGUAUCUCUCCUAUGCAGCGCCGAGAAUUCUGAAGGACCAGAAAAAUGUCUAGAUAACAUUUUAGGUUUUGGCAAUAGCCCUAUGAGUCGACCUCUCAAAAAAGUUACAUCAGGGAAGGAAAGAUUCAAAAAUAUUGUUCAGGACGCAAAGAUUUUGGACCAAGACAAAAUAAUUGAAAAUAUCAUGCUAUUCCUCAAAUGGAAUGAAAAACAUUUGCCUGACCCAGAACUCGAAAGUAGAGCUCCUAAGUGGUACAAGGAUUUAAGUUCAGUUUUCGUUCAUAUGCAGGAUGCAGAGUACGGAACUAGAACACACUCUAUAUUGAUGGUGGACGGAUUGAAUAGACUCACUUUUGUGGAAGAAACUUUAAUGCCAGAUGCGUCGUGGAAGAGACAGACUUUUACGACAGAAUUACAGAUAUUUAAGUAACAGAUAUUGUAUAUAUCAGCUUAUUACGGAUUGCCAGACUUGUAGCUCAAAUUAUUUUUCAAA